UUGAUUGAUGCCGUAAAUGAUACUGUGAUACGUGCUAUUAAGGUGCUGCUUUUCCGGGCUGGUUCCCGUUAUGAAAAUCUCAACCAACAUGGACUCGUUCAUCACUUGCGUAAUUCUGUUGGCAGAGAUUCAGCCAACUAUCCAGGUCUUAGCCUUAUUUGGAGUUCGGCUGUCAGUGGAGGACGUGUGAACGCAUUCUCGACGCGGGAUAUUUAUGGUGUGUCGCUUGCUCUGCCACGUGACGAGACAUCUGUUGGUAUUUCAAUUCUCGGUCACAUUGCUCAACCUGCUUUCAAACCUUGGGACUUUGAAGAUGUUCUUCCUACUCUUAAAGUGGACAACGCCUAUAAAGCAGCAUAUGAUGUAGCUUUCGAAGAUUUACACCGCGCCGCCUAUCGUAAUGGACCUCUUGCGCGGUCUGUGUACGCUCCCAAAGUGGCCAUUGGAAAACUUAGCUACAAAACACUAGCCGAGUUCUCUGUACGUUGUUGUGCUUUUGUAAACAGAAGAGAAUUAUUUAGAGCGUAA